AUGAUUGGCAGCGGCCAAGUGGGUCACAAACAGCUAAACAUAAUCAACAGACACUGCCUGUGCCAGCCAUCAGCCAUACCAAACAGUUGGUCCCGGGCUUUGCAACACAUCAGUGCGAAACGAGGAAAACCUGAACAUAUGCUCACUUUAAUAGCUAAGAGCGUGUGCCAGAAGUUUGGUGGCAGUGGUGACUGUGAUGGCAGGUGUGGGACACGAGCCCAACACACGUCGCAUAACAAACGGACGGCAGACUCGACUCCACUCUCUAUGCAUAUAAAGUUCUCCGUUUCACUCAACACAACAUUAUUGAUGGCUUUGAUGUGCGCCAGACAUCCAACGCCUUCCGUGGGAUCGGUGUUUGUCUUUGAAGAUAUCAUAGAGGAUGAGCGAGUCAACAAAUAUUUGAAUCGUUUUUCGCAAAAUCGGACGAAACGCGAGGCGGGACAGGAAUGCGGUUGUCCUCCCGUCGUGGCGGCCUUUUCCCUUAUUAUAGUCAAAUACCUUUCCGAAGUGAUUCCUUACUUCCGGAAGGCAUCCAUUCUGGCGGACAUCGGCUGGACUUUCAAUGGCGAGGAAUUCCUCCAGAAUGCCAACCAAAUGAAUAGCGAUUUCAAUAAUUCAACUCAACAUAAAAGUGACACCAAAACAGUUCCCCUAUUGUUAUGCCAUUUGACUAAAUGUUCGGACAAUAAGUCAAAUGAAAGCAAACACGAGGACAGCGUUAAUGUGAUCGCCAUUUACUCACCAAACCGACAGUCAAAGUGUGUCUUACGGUGUGUUGAUUCAGCCCAAUGCAGCGCGUGGUUCAGUGCCAUCCACUCGGCCUCCUGUCACCUCAUGGCUCAGGCUGUCAUCCAAACCAACAAUCUCUUGACUGACUUCUUAGACGGCGUCAGACUUACACACAUGGGAUGGCUCUAUGAAAGGAGUCCAGACGUUAGCUCUCAUAUCAAAUGGAAUCCGGUUUUCCUGGCGGUCACAGAAAGAGACCUAUUAUUCUAUGACUUAGUCCCCUGGACUAGGGAGGCCUGGGCUGUACCCGUGCAUACAUUUCCCUUAUUGCACAUUCGUUUGGUGCACAACAACUCAUCGAAUUUAGGACUAACCAUGUCUUCGAAGUCAACCAAUUCUGGCGGUGCUCUCAUCAUUCCGGGCGUUACGGAUGUCAUCACAUUUACGCUCAGACUCGGCACUAGACUUGGCAUAGACUGCCGCACAAUGCGCGCUGAGAGUCACCGGGAUUUAGCCAAUUGGGCCAAACAUAUAGUACAGGCCUCGUACAAGACAGCUAUAGCUCUCAAAGAGAUCUGUUUCGGUGAGGAUCACAACGUGGAAUCGAUAAUAACUGUUCACAUCGAUAGUGGAUUCACUUUAGAAGAGAUGCAGUCGAGGAAUAUAUUGUGGAAAAUGCCUUUCGAGCAGUUGAAGGGAACGGCUGAUGACGGCAAACGACUCGUUUGGCUCGAAUUCAAUGGGGACGACGACAAGUUAUCAGCAAAACUCACUCAUCUGGGACUGACACUUGAUGUCUGACCGCAUCUCAUAUACUAGCAAUUGAUGAGCAAUAA